CAUCGCAUUUACCGCCCAAUGACGCUCACCAGCAAGUCACAUGAUAUUUGCGAUGCAGUCUGGAUGUUGUAGUCCGUUGUCGGCGCUGCUGUGAUGGUGGUCAAUAUCCGCUGUUGACGAAUUUGUUUUUAGCUAAAGAAAUUCUCACAAUUGAUCAGGUGUUGGAAGACAAUUGACAGAGUUAAAUACCCUGGAAAAACUGCACCUACUCGUGAAUACCACAGACAUUCAGGUCCCAGAUCCCAUUGUAAUCUACAUUUGCUUUAAUAAAAGGAAAAUGAGUCCUGUACUACAGAGCCCCUACACAGGGCACUAUACAAAUAUGCCAUGGAAAGAAGAAAGUCCUCCACCAGAUCCAGUUGGUCUCUGCCCUGUCUGGAAGAAAGUUCUUUAUGAACGACAGCCUUUCCCUGACAAUUAUGUUGAUCAGAGUUUCUUGGAGGAACUAAGGAAGAACAUUUAUGUGCGUCAUUAUCGCUAUUGGUCUGUGGUCUUCGAAUCUGCAGUAGUAAUCCAGCAGCUGUGCAGCGUCUGCGUGUUCUGUGUCAUCUGGUGGUACAUGGAUCAGGAUCUGCUGUCCCCUCUAAGGCUCUUUGGGGUGGGACUGGCCUUCACACUCCUUGGUUACUUACUGUUUGAUGCGGUAGACCAUGGUUCAGGGAGAAAGGACAAUGGCCGAACACGCUGGGAUGACCUCAAAAGUUCUCUUGUAUUUUUGGCAUUUACGUACGGUUUCUCUCCAGUACUCAAGACACUGACUGAAUCUAUCAGCACUGACACUAUUUAUGCCAUGUCUGUCCUCAUGCUCCUUGGGCACCUUGUCUUUUUCGAUUAUGGGGCUAAUGCAGCUGUAGUCUCUAGCACUCUUUCUAUAAACGUGGCCAUCUUCGCUUCCGUGUGUCUUGCCUCCCGUCUUCCUCGCUCCCUUCAUGCCUUUGCUAUGGUGACCUUUGCCAUCCAAAUUUUUGCACUCUGGCCAAGUCUACAAAGGAAGCUUAGAGCUUACACUCCCAGGACAUAUAGAUGUGUCACGCUUCUUUUUGCUAUCUUUUCUCUGCUUGGACUUCUUAGUAUCUCAGGAGUAGGAGCCCUGCUGUUCCUCCUGCUGCUCCUCUCUGUGACAUUUCUCUGUCCGUACUGGCUAAUCCAGCUACAGCUGUUCAAAGAUAACAUUCAUGGUCCUUGGGAUGAAGCAGAAAUUAAGGAAGACCUCUCUCAGUUCCUCAAUUAAGAGAAUGUCUUGAUACACAAUAUGAUGGAAUUCUAUUAGUGUCCCCAUUAUUCUAAUGUGAUAUUUUGUGUAAACAUUUUAAAACUUUUUAUCUUUAUUUAAAUGGAAUUGCUUUGGACAACUGAAGAAUGCAGAAAUCAAGAAUGAGGUUCACUACCCUAAAACUACCACUGGAGGGAGCCAAGGGACUAUACCUCAUCUAUAAAAAUAGCAGUCCUGUAUUCCUGUUUCAUUAUUUUGUAUUAAGGGGAUUUGGUAUGUAGAGACGUAUCCCUUUUACCUACCCAUUUGGUUUGUAUCUUCCAGCAUUUAUCCCACAACCUUCAAAUCAUAUUUAUGGACUAACCAAUUCUGUGUGAUUGUUCCUAAAGCACAUUUUAUAGAGCAGUUUCCUUUAAAAAGAACCAAAUUUAAGAUACAUCUUUAUUAUUAUAUUUGUUUUUAAGCAAGCCUUCCAUUAAUGUAAUGUUUUUUUGUUUUUAAAUUAUUGCACAUUUUAUAUUUUUAUAUAUCGGUAUCAAAUUAUCCUAUUUUAUUUGUUUACUUGAGCACUCCAAAACAAAUCCUUAUGCAUUCUCACUUACAGUAUAAUAUAGUAUAAAAGUAUGAGGAGUUAAGUUCUUCAAACAAAAAACGGCAACAUGUUGAUUCAAUUGUAGAAAUAACAACAAAAGGGUCUUUUUGUUUCUCAAAAGCUAAUUUUUCAUGAGACAUUUGCGUGAAAAAAACAGUCUU